UCAGCUCCUGCCACCCGGGAGGGUAGGGAGGAGGGCAGAAGUGACACUGACCACCGUGAGCCCCCCCUCUGGCAGGGAGGGACCUCACCUUGCCCGGCUUUCAGAGCCGCUGCCAUCUGCACAGGGCCGUGCCUGCCCCUGCCUCCUGGUCUGUGUGGCAGGUCGUCCCUCUCAGGGUCCCCUGGGCACCCGCCCCCACGUCACCCACCUCACAGCUUCACAGGGUGCCGUGUUCCCCAGAUUCGUGGGAGUAUGCGCCCCCUGCUUUCCCGAGCAGGGGGACGGGGGGAGGCAGCUUCCUCUGGCCUCCUUGUUCCUGCAGGUGGCCAGGCCAGGUCCUGGGACAGCAGACCCUCUGCCGGCCCCACACCCCCACCCCCAAGAGCCCCUCACACCGGCCCUCUGGGGGAGCUGCUGGUGUGGCCAAGGUCAGGGCCGUGCUGGUGCUGGACAGGAAUACACCCCUGCGUCAGGGUGGGUUCCAGAAGCCUCUCUGACACGGAGACUGGCACGCAGGGGUUUCUGUGGGAGUGCUCUUGGGAACCCCACCCAAAAAGGAGCUGGCCAAGCGGGAUGGACGGAGGGAACAGCUUCCGUGCCCAUGGGGAGUUCUGGAGUUGUGACCACGAGGCUGACCAUACAGGGCUACCGUGGGUGCACGGCCUCUGAUGUGUCACUUGCUGAAGGUGAUUCCGGAGGGGCCUCCGGCCGGCAAGACAAGCACCAUGUGCCUCGGUCGUGACGCCCCCCCCCCCACCAGAGCACCCCACAGCGCCCACUACAGCCUUCCACCCUGUCAGGCCAGGCGCCCGGACCCCUGGGCCGCAUGGGUAGGGGCUCCUGGCCAAGGGUCUAUGGGUUCUCCAGCCCCGGACUCCGCAGGCUUCCUGCCCGGGGUCUCCCCACCCGGUGCCAAUCAUGGACGCACACAGGUAGGGGGCACCACCCAACCAAAACGGGCCUGCCAGAAGCCCCGUGCAGGCCGUCACCCCGCCCCGUGUGAGAGGCACCCUCGGUCCCCAUCCAGCCCUGAGCUCCAGGCUGUUGCAGAGGGGCCCAGAGCUGUGGUCUGGGUGUCACAAACCGCAGGCAGAAGCUGCGGGCCCCAGGCGCACAUGGACCAGGGAAGGGGGCCGCCCACCUGCCAGCUGCACCGAGAUGGGACCACACCCACUCGAGAGAGUACAAAAGCGUAACCACAGCCUUGGGGCUGCAGAGCAGUGAGCGGCCCAGCCGGAGUCUCCGAGGCCCCAGCCAACCCAGAUGGGUGAAGCUGGGGCGCCCGCCGCCGUCCCCGUCCCCGGGAACGGGACCGGCUCUGAGGGCUGCAGCACGGAGAGGAGCGUCCUGUCCCAGGCGGCCACCAGCAUCUCCAUCUAUGUCAUCUUGGCGCUGGGGCUGCCGCUCAACGGCCUGGGGCUCUGGGUGUUCUGGUGCCGCCUGCGCAGGUGGACCGAGACCCGCGUCUACAUGGCCAACCUGGUGGUGGCCGACUGCCUGCUGCUGCUGAGCCUGCCGGGAGUGCUGCACACGCUGGGCCAGGCGGCGGGGGCCCAGGAGGGCGUCGUGUGCAGGGUCGUGCAGAGCUUCUACUACAUCAACACCUAUAUGAGCAUAUGCCUCAUCACGGCCAUCGCCACCGACCGCUACGCCGCCCUGCGCUUUCCGCUGCGGUCUCGCGCCUGGCGCAGCCCCCGCCAGGCCGCCCUCACCUGCCUGGCCCUCUGGCUGCUGGUGUUCGGGGCCGUGGCCCUGCCGGCGUCCUGGCUGCGCGCGGGGGAGAGCUUCUGCUUCGGCCGGGGCCGCACCCGGGGCCCCAGGACCCUGGCCUUCUCCCUGCUGCUCUUCCUCCUCCCGCUGCUGGUCCUCAGCUUCUGCUCCUGGCAGGUGCUCCGGCACCUGACCCGCAAGCGCGCGCGGUCCCCGCCCCAGGACGCCGCCCACAUCCUCAGAGCCCUGCACGUGGUGGCAGCCAACUUGGCCACCUUCCUGCUCUGUUUCCUCCCACUGCACGUGGCCUUGCUGGCCAUGCUGGUGGCCCGGUGGACAGACGCGGCCUGCCCCACUCUCCAGGCGGUGGCUGCCUUCGUGCAGGUGACCUCCCGCAUUGCCAACGCCAACUGCUGCCUGGACGCCGUCAGCUACUAUUUUGUGGCCAAAGAGUUCCAGGAGGAGGUGGGGGCCGUCCUCAGCACGUCCCGGCCUUUCCGGGGACGGACGCAGAGCGCUCCUACACGUGACUACCCUGACUGGGCCGUCCAGGCGUGGACGGAUGAGGACAACAGCUCGGGAGAGGCCCCACGCAUGGCCCUGCAGCACGUGCCGCGGGGAGCCCCUGGCCCCCCCGAGGCGACUCUUCCCCCCUCCGCGGCGUGCGCCAGAAGUAGCCUCACUGCGCACGUGUGACUUUGGAUUUACGGGUCCUGGGGACGUGGACUCUCCCUCAGCAAAUAGAAUUUAACCAAGGCAUUAAAAAAUUGCCACCCCAUGGA